ACCUUCUGGGAGGUGAACCUGCUGCUGAGGGAGGUGUCUCUUGGUUCUGUCCUCCUACUUCUCCUUGCUCUCUGUUGGAGAGAAAGUGUAUGAGGCAACUAAGUAUCCUGGCUGUGUCCUUUGGGGACAUCUUUCUUCAUAGCUCCACUUGAGUCAUCCUAAAUGCUGUUACAGCAGGCAGAAAAAAUCUCUCCCCUCAGGGAAAAUGUGAGGACGAGAAGGAUUUGAGAUUAGGUCUACUGGUGUGACACUCCCUCUCCAAUAGCUUUUACAAACAGUUAGUGCCACAGGACUCGCAUCAGCUGUGUGUUUCUGGUAAGGCUUAGAUGGUGUUGGCAAUGCUGCAGGGCUGGGGGGGGUGACUUGCUCCAAGGCCAGCCUUUCUAAGCCUGUUUGGUCAGUGUGGGGUGGACCGAUAAACAGAAGUGAGGACGAGCAGGGGCAGCUGCUGGAUGGAGACAGCCCUGAGCAGAAAGGGCCUUAAGUGCGACAUAGCGUACCGGGAAAUAGGCUGCUUUGGGUUAAGGGAGAUAGCAGCUGCUGGUAGCAAAGCCAGGACUUUUUUGUGAAGCAGCCAAUGUCCCAAGACUGUCUCUGUGUUGACUAACCCCAGUAUGGAUCGUGAUCAGAAGUGACGUUGUCACUGUGGCGUUCUGCUCAUAAUGCUGUUGCUUCUGGUGGAACCACUACCAAGUGGUUCAUUACACUAUGGUGAAACAGUGGAGCACGAGGUAGAAGUCUCCAAAGAAAGGCUGGAGGUCUUUUUAAUAGCUUCUGUAGCUUGGUGGGAAGCUGCAGACUGGAGGGUGUUGGUCCGUCCCUUCUGACUUGCAAGUCUGUUGACCCCUAACAAGUCUUGAGGGAUGGAGGACAGACCUUGCUAAUUACUCUUCUGCCUUGGCCCUUUCCCAUGCUGGAUCAUGUGGGAAGUGCUCAGCGCAGCUUUUUGGCUGCUGCUUCUUACUGUCGCAGCCUCUUCUUCCUUUUGAAAAGCCUGGAAGAGUUUGUCGAAGUGCAUGCAACUCAUCGGCCCUGCACAAGGGAAACAAAAAGUGGAGCAGCACGGACUUAAGGUUUGUCUGUGUUGUCACACGCUUGUGACCUGGGGAAGCUGUUAGAGGUUACUGUAUCUUGCCGCGCUGCACCGAAUCGUGGGAGCGCCUAGAAGGGGGCAUGCGGGUCUUAUCAGCAGCCACGGGUGAAUUAGCGGGUGGGCGGAUGUUUGUGGCACCAGGGCUGUCUGUCCCAGCAGCUGUUAUUGUCCGUGAGAGAGAGGCCGGCAGCGUGGAGGGCCACCCAUUGGAACAUGCCAACGCGAACCGCUGGCACAGAGCCCCGGUGCUGGCGGAAGCACUAUUGUGCUGGGGUGUUAGGAGGACUGUAGGCACGCCGGGCUUUCCAACAAAGCGUCUGGCUUCGUGGAGGUUUCUAGCACGGAUGAGGUUUGUGGCCUGGAUUGCAGGACCGAGGGAAAUGCGGCUCUCCUCCCGAGGUGCUGAGAAGAUGGCCUCCCCGGGUGCCCCAGGGACCCGCAUGACAUCCACAGUCAGUAUCAACAUUUCUACCCCUUCCUUCUACAACCCGCAGAAGAAGUUUGCGCCUGUGGUCGCCCCUAAACCCAAGGUGAACCCCUUCAAGGCUGGGGGUGCGUCAGAGUCGUCGCUGCCCCCUCCUCCUGGAGCUGGUGCCCAGCGUGCUCAGAUAGGGAAGGUGGGGGAGAUUCCAUCAGCGUCCGUGUCCCUGCCGGCAGAAGACCUGCCGCUGCCACCUCCUCCCCCACCUGGAGAGGAGGCAAGUUUCUCCACAAACUGUGCUUUUCCCCCACCCCCACCACCCUUUGAAGAGCCUUUUCCACCAGCCCCAGAAGAAGUUUUUCCUUCUCCUCCUCCUCCUCCUCCACCGAUGUUUGAUGAAGGGCCUGUGAGCAAGGUACCUGCCCCACAGGCACGUGGCAAGAUGAGCAGCGUUGAUCUUGAGAUUGACUCACUGUCCAUAAUGUUGGAUGACAUGGAGAAGAAUGACCCCUUCAAAUCCCGGGUAUCUCCAGGAUCCACAGGUUCUCUGGAGAAACCAUCGGCCCCAAAAGCCCAUGUGGAUAUACCAUCUGCACCCAGAGAUACUCCUCAUUCCUUUCCUUCCAAGUUCACUCCAAAGCCAAGUGGAAGCUUACCUUUCAAGCCCCCUGGAGUGGAUUUGACCCCUUCCCCAACCCCAUGGGCAGCCCCACAGCAACGCAAGGAGCCCCUAGCACCAGUCCCUCCACCCCCUUCUCUCCCUUCUGCUCAGCCUGCCCCUAAAUUCACCCCACCCCCUGUUGCUGGCUCUCCUAAGUCUGGGUCCAAAUCAGGUGCCAAUGUUCCCACGGCUCCCUCAAACUCUACAAGAUAUCCUACCUCCCUUCAGACUCAGUUCACAGCCCCUUCACCUUCAGGUCCCUCCUCUUGGCCACAGCCUCCCAAUUUCACCUAUGCCCAGCAGAGGGAAAGACCCCAAGUGCAGGAGAAGCCACGUCCCACAGAACAACCUGCUGCUGCAAAAGACAUGCAUAGACCCGCAGGCUCCAGUGCAGAUCCACCUAGGGGAAAUUCCUGUCUGACCAUGAAGGAGGUAGAAGAGCUGGAGAUGUUGACCCAGAAACUAAUGAAGGAUAUGGAGCAUCCACCCCCAGCAGAGGCUGCUACUUCUGAGCUCUGUGGCUUCUGCCGGAAGCCCCUGUCACGAACCCAGCCAGCUGUGAGGGCCCUGGACUGCCUCUUCCAUGUGGAAUGCUUCACCUGCUUCAAAUGUGAGAAGCAGCUGCAGGGGCAGCAGUUCUACAACGUGGAUGAGAAGCCCUUCUGCGAGGACUGCUAUGCUGGGACCUUGGAAAAGUGCAGUGUCUGCAAACAGACCAUCACAGACCGGAUGCUGAAGGCCACUGGUAACUCAUACCAUCCCCAGUGCUUCACCUGCGUGAUGUGCCAUACCCCUCUGGAGGGGGCUUCUUUUAUUGUGGACCAGGCCAACCAGCCUCACUGUGUGGAUGACUACCACAGGAAGUAUGCUCCACGCUGCUCAGUCUGUAGUGAGCCUAUCAUGCCAGAGCCUGGAAAGGAUGAGACAGUGCGUGUGGUGGCACUGGAGAAAAAUUUCCACAUGAAAUGUUACAAGUGUGAGGACUGUGGGAAGCCCUUGUCCAUUGAAGCAGACGAGAAUGGGUGCUUUCCACUGGAUGGGCAUGUGCUGUGCAUCAAAUGUCACACUGUUCGUGCCAAAACAGCACGCUGAGGAGCUUGGAGUGGGCAUACCCUUGAGACCCCUGCACUCAAUACUCUUCCCCUCCCUGCCAUUGUCCUACCCCCCUGCCUGACAAGGCAGAUUGCUUCCAAUGGAGACUAUGCCAGCACAGUUCCUUACUCAUGUAGGAUUCACUGCUCCUAGACUUCACUCUGCACACCCACCAAGAAAAGACCUCUUCUCCUGUCGCCACUUCCUGGCCACAGUGCAUUCCAGGCUGGGGGCUGUGAUGAAGGUGAGUGCACAAUCUCUGUUCCCUCAAGACUGGAGGAGAAGGACCAGACCUCCACCACCGCCUGGUGGAAGUAGCAAGAACGACCUGGUGGCAGGUGCUGGGAAGGGCUGAGCAUUCUGUUCCACGGAGCCAAGAACGGUGAUUUGACAUUGGAAGGUGGAAGCCUCCAUCUUGGCACCACUUCUCUCUUUGAUUUUACUUUUUUCUUAUGCCACUUCAUUAUCAGGAUGUGUUCCCCUGCCCCCUCCCUCACUCCUGGGUUAGAGUGUGGAGGCAGAACAUAUUGGGAAUCUCUGUUAUCGUUGCUGGAAAAAGCUAACCUACUAUAGCUUUUCUGUCUCUAAUGGAUUUUACUGGCUAACUGUCUUGUCACUUUUUUUUUUCCUUAGCCAGAUUAAACUGGCAAUGUUUGGAAUCCUACUCUGUUUCUGAGUUUGGAAACUUUUUUUAAAAAUCUUUUUCCCUCCCUGAAAUGAAUUGUUGCCCAGUGUGGUUUCUGGACAGCCAGGCUGGGCACCAGAGUAGCAGAGCAGUCCAAAGAAUGCAUGUUUACAAAUAAAGACCGUCAUAAGGACGGGCAGCACAUGGUGAGGAGGCGUCUCAGUGCGUGGAUGAGGAUUCAGCAGACUGAGGAACGUCUCCCCGUUCCGGUAGGGAUUCUUUCACUGCUGUCAGUGAAAGCUGCAGUGUAAUUGCAAUGUACUGUUUGGCUCUAAGUGUUACUGCACUGAGCCCCAUUUCCUGGACUAGAAACUCUCAAACUGAACAAACCCUUUGAAUAACUACACUGUCCAACCACUGUAUGCAUUCAAUAAAAUGUGGGUUUUUUCCAUUAA